AUGGAAGUCGAAGAUUUUGAAGUCCAUCACGAGAAGGAUAGCUUGGACUUCUACGUGCUACUCCUUACCCCACACUUACUAGGAAGCUACGAACCUUCAUCGCCGGCUCGGUUUCUUGUCAAGUUUGACUACCAAGUCAACCACAUAUACUACGAUAUUCGUUCAUCAGAUGAUAUUGGAACUCGUCGUGAAACCCUCGUCGACCAAUUUCAAGAAAAAGAUGAAAAAACAAUUGAAUUUGAGAAGCCUGUGUUGAGGAAGUGCGGCGAGUCGUACGAGUUUCUUUCUCAGGUGUUGUCGUCCUUUGGAAUUACAAGUUCAGAUGAGAAUGCUGGGUUGCAUGAUCAAAUACUGGAUGGGAUUAUAAAGUGGGGUCGCAAAAUUCGACAGGAAUUUUUUUCCGACGAGCGUCCAGAGGUAUGGGGGUUGUAUGUUCAUAUUGGAAAAGACCAUGCCAUGUAUAGGUGUGAGGAGUGUUUGAAGGGUAAGGUUAGGAGGAAAUCAAUGGCGGCGAGCAAUUAUAAAGGUAUGGUAUCGAUCAAGAGGGUGCUAAAGAAGGUCAUAGAUGGUAAAUUAGGAUCAUGUGUUGAUGUGAAGGAAGAGGGUACAAAGAGAAAAGGUAGGAGAAUUACCGGAAGUGAUAAUGUGAAGGAGGAGGGUAGGGAGAGAAAAACAAGGGGAAUAAGUGUAGUUGAUGAUGUGGAGGAGGAGGAGGGUACAACAAACAGAAAAAGAAGGAGAAGCGUGGUAAGUGAUAAUGUGAAGGAGGAGGGUACAAAGAGAAAAAGUAGGAGAAGUAGUGGAAGUGAAAGUGAGAGUUGCAGUGUUUGUAUGGAGAUGACUAAGAAAAAGUCGCGAUUGGUUGUUCCGUGGUUCCUUUAA